AUGCUGAAAUUUGUUUCCUUCGCGAUGUGGAGUGGUCGAAACAUGCUUGUUUCUUUACUAUUUAUCUUUGUGAUCAAGUAUGCCACCCCAACUAUGCGGGUCUCCAAUUUUCACUACCAAGCUCUCAAUGAUGCCACGUGGUCCAAAGACGGGCAUUUAUUGGUGGUUUGUUCCACAGAUGGUUACUGUUCACUGAUUCAUUUCGCUCGAGGUGAAUUGGGCACACCGUACCACGGCCCCGUUGGAGCUAACGCAUUGGUCGGGGAAACAAAACAGACGAAUCCCGUGGCGGACAAGUCAACAGACCCCAGUACUCCAUCUGUCAGUGAGUCUGUCCCGGCCAGUUCUGAUCCGGUACGAGCUUGCACCGACUCCCAACCGGUUGCAGUUCCAUCCAAGCCCAACUCUUGCAGUGUGAAAUCUAUUGGCCCUGUCCCGAAUAUCCCGAAACCGGAACAGUCGGCGCCGACGACAGAUACAAACAAAAAUGCUUCUGUCGAUACAACGGUUCGCAAGCGUCGGGUCGCUCUAACCACAUUAACCGUGGAUACAGACGUACAGCAGACUAAGUCACACCUCGGCAGCACUGAAGUUACUCCGAACACCCCCCUUACCUACAUUUCCGCUAGCCAUCGCGAGGAACAUUACAUUGCACUGGUAAACAUGGAGAAACUUGUUGUGAAGAUGAUUUUCUUAGCUCUGCCCUAA